UACCCUUCCUCCUUCCUUCCCUUCACUUGCCUUCUGCCCUUCAACCCUUUCACAUUCCUUUCCGUGUGUAAAAUAAUAAACUCAUAAAAACUCGAAAUUUUAAGUUUAAACUUUCAAGAAACAUACAUUUUGUACAUAAUAAAAUUCCAACUGCAAAAAAUAUCGGAAUUUUUAAAUUCAAAUUAACAAAACAUUUACUUUAAGUUAAAACCCGUUGUGUUAUAAAAAUGUCCGCCUACCCCGACACUCCUCUUCUUCCUCCUCCCCCUCCCCCGAAAAAGGGGGACGACCACUUUUUCCUCAAAUUUGCCAAAUUCAACUUAACCGCCGUCAUCGUUGCAAUAAUCGUGUUUCGCAUUCUUCCUUAUCUGAACCGGGCAGAAAUUCAGAGUGAUGGCAGCACGUGGUAUGCGACACGUUGGCACGCAUAUGCCGCGAGUUCCUCGCCCCCAACGGGAAAUUCGGCCACCAACGUGACAAUCAGGGUUGAUCGCGUAACAACAAAGUUGUUCGGGAGCGAUUUGGCCCUGAACUUCGACCUCGUGCAGGAAUGGGAAGAUAAGAGACUGGCCGUCGUACAGGAGGACGGGAUUCGAACGAAAAGUGCCGACAUAACAACGAAGAACGUGGAAUCGAUUGUGAAUCAAAGACAUGGGAAAUUUACCCCAAUCUGGAAACCAUCCCUGGCCACGGUGCCUCCCCACGUGGCGGAUAAAAGUAACGAAACAACCUGGCUCCGGCAAGAUGGCGGGGUGAUGCGAACUCAAUCCAUCAACAUCGUCGCGGCUCCGGCCCCGGGUUCCGGUCCCUUCAACGAAACUGACUCUGUACACUACGUCGUGAAGAUCUAUUCCACCCGGGAAUUUCAAAGUAGGGUCGCGUUACAGUGGAACAUUUCCGAACCGUUCCGUUUCAUCUCACCCAACCCAGAAAAUUUAACGUAUUCAAAUCCUUGGCGGGUCGAUAUUACGACGGGGCAAUGUGACAUGCAUGUCAACUGGGGUGAUUUUCUCUUAACUAAGUUAAGCUGCCUGGAGAUGGGGUUUAAAUUGCGCAGGGUACAAAAACCGGAGGUCAAAAUCCCUGACAAUUUGAAUACCAAUAGUACCGUCCUAGAACUUUUGUUCGCAGCUUAUGGCACAAUAUUGUGUAUAAUUUCGUUCCAUGUGUAUCGUGUUUACUCGCGGGCGGAAUUUUUACCUUGAGUUUGUUAAGCUAUGUUUGUCAAAAUUUUAUUUGUGCAGGAUUUUAGUUUUUAACAAAAUUUCGAAGUUUUUUAUAACCGCAUUUCUUCCAGCUCAUAUUUCCUCUUGUCUAGAUUUUUUGUCCACAAUGUUUUUUACCA